AUGGAUUUGGCAACUUUACUUCAUCUCAUUGGAAAUCUUUCCCCACCAUCACCACCUUUAUCUCUCCUUCUUCCCCCGCCCACCUCUUCUCACCUAUUGACCAAAGAUGUUUUCUUUGGCUUCAAUACCGCCCUGCCGAGGGACCAGGACCCUGGUCCCUCUGGCUCCCGCGGUUUCUUCGAGAACCCGGAUCCCUUCGCGGAGGUUGCCCGGGCUUCGGCGCUUGAAGAUGACGACGCAAUUGACUUCGAGGACACCUACGAUGGCCUUGGCGACCGACUUGACGACGACCAGGAUGAGUUCAACGACGACACCUUUGGCGGCGGUGGCGGAGAUAAUACCAGUGGAGGAGCUGUCGGCAGAGACUUUGACUUCUUUGGUCGAACUGCUCAGCUUGCAGAACCCCCAUGCUGCUCCCCCGCCCCGCUAGAUGCCCACGUAGCUGCCCAGCCUGUUGCCGAACCGACCACCAGGCGCACUGGCUACGAGAAGUAUUCGGACCCUGGAUAUAUCCCGGAUCUUCAGGCCAAAUCGAGCGUGUGGGGUGUCUCGCAGAAGAAGCCAGAAUCGAGUCCAGCUCUGAUGCACUCGAUGCCCAUCAUGCCCACCAUGCCAGUUGUCCCUAGCCGAAAGAUGAUGAUGAGCUUGGAGGAGGUGGAAGCACAGAUGCGCAGUCGAGGCCAGGCUUUCGGGCCUAUUCCCACUCAGCCAAUUCAUCAGCAGAUGCCCGAUUCAUCCUAUCUGCGCCACCCGCAGGACUUCCCGACUCUGCCUGAUGGAUUCCCUACCAAUAUCCCCCCGGAAAUUCUCCGAGCGCAGCUUGAAAAGGGCGGACUACCCCGCAUAUGUCACACCCUCCACCGGCAUCUGCAGAACAACCUUCCUCCCCAAAACCUGCCACCUCAAGGGCCUCGCCAUGCGGGUCCACCCCCCGCCCAGCGGCAACAGCAGAUGCCACCCCCACCUUCUCGGGGCCCCAACGGUGGACUGCCGGUGAUCACUAACCCGCAACAGCUGGUGCACCUUACCGAGGAGCAACGUAACACUUACCUGAUGGAGGACGCCAAGCGGGCGAAGCGCAAUCACAAGAUCUUCCUCUUAUCUCGCGGCAAUGGAUUGAUGACACCUCAGGAUAAGAACUUCAUCACCCGCAUUCAACUCCAGCAGCUUGUGGCUGCGGCUGGCAAUGUCGCCGACUCCGAUCCUGAAGCCGUGCUUGCCGAGGACUUUUACUAUCAAGUUUAUAGCCAGAUUCGUGGCGCCCCACGCCAGCACCCCCACCAACCUUUAGGUCACUUCGCUCAGACUUACCUCCUCCAAACUGGCAACCGUAUUGGAGGGCAUGGCAACCGCCGUGCGUUCCAGGGAGCGGAUAACCACAUGCAGCGCAUGCAGCAGCAAGUGCAGCGUGCCGUCGAGGCAGCCAAGGCAAAGCCGAAGAACAAGCAACUCAUCAUUGAAGGCAGUCUGGGCAAGAUCUCUUUCAGCAACGCCAAGGCUCCGAAGCCGAUGCUGAACCUCAAACGACCCGAUAGCUCGGAAGGCCCUCGGCCGAAGAAGUUGCAAUCGGACCUGAGCACUAGUGAUCGGAAAUCUCUUCUGGGUAACAUUGAAGCUGUCUACGACGCUUUGAUGUCGAUGGAGGACAUGGAACGCACUAUGCCACCACCGCCCGAGGAGGGCGACACAGAGGCCAUUCAGGAGCACAUGGAAUGGCGACAGCAGGUUCAGAAACUCAAUCAGAAGUUGUGGCAAGCACUCAAGGUCAUGGAACCCAUUGUGCCCAACGCAACCACUCCCCACCCGUUCAUUGCAUUCUUGUCCUACCCGAAGGGUAAGAAGGCCAUCCCUCGUAUCUUCCGCCACAUUGAUCAAGAGCAACGGGUCACCAUUCUCACCAUGAUUGUGGUGCACUUGGACAGCUUGGACGUUGUUCGUCUUGCACAACACGCGGGACCUGGCGAUGCGCAGUUGCCUGUCGCAGUGCGUGAAGCCAUUGAUCUCUUCUCACUGGCUGUCAUGCCGAGCUUGCUGGGCUACGUCAAUGAAGCCCCCUUCAACAUCAUCAUUGGUCUUUUGGGUCUGGUGAUUGCUCAAACCCAAGCCAUCUCCGUGGCUCGCACCAAGACUGGUCUGGGUAUCCUGACCAUGUUGCUCAGUCGGGCCGAGAUCGUCAAGGAGGCUGGCCAGGCGUCCGAGCGCGAUUGGCAGCAGUGGGUGGAGAAGUUCAAUGUUCUGUUUGAUAUGUUGGAGCCUGGCCUGGUACAUAUCUUCCCUGGGUCCAUCAACUCUGGUGACGAUAUGUACGUGUGGCAAUUCCUAGCCGCCGUGGGUAUUGGUGCCAGCCCUGAGCAACAGCAGCGUUUGGUGAUUGCUGUCAAGGAUCGUGUCAUGGAAACCGUUGGCUACAGCAAGACUCUCCCCGCCGAUAUGGCUAGCCAAAGACUGGGCAAUGUCAACCUGUUCAUGCGGGCUAUUGGUUUGGACGUGGAACUUCUUGGUUAA